GAGCUCAUUCACAAGCCGCGGUGUGCAUUGUCAGCUCUCAAAAGCAGCAUGGCUACCUCAAGCUCAGAGGAGAGCAGGCAAGAAUGGACCGUCCUUCUGUCCAGCAAGAGAAGACUAGACAGAGAGAAAGGCCUAACAGCCCUAAAGACUCUACUAGCUUCUUCAAACCUCCAGCCAGAAGACAAGGAAAAGAUAGAAGCACAUGUUCUCACACUCAUCACCUCCCUUGUGGGGCCAUGGGAGGACAGACACGGUGGACUAAUGGCGACUGGGCUUAUACUAGAGAGUGGAGUGGCUACGAGUAGUUUCAGUCGACAGGUGACAAGUUCCGUACCGCUACUGCUGGAGGAGACAGAGUCGAGGGUGCGCAUUGCCACUGGAGAGGUUAUCGGCAAGCUGUGUGAGGUGUGUGGUGUGAGUGUGUACCGUGAGCUGGAGGGUAUCCUAGUGACGGGGGUGAGGGUGAAUCUGGACAGAGACAGAGAGGUGGUCAAUGAGCAGCAGACAGAGAUGGUCGGUGGUGAUGGACGACUAAGCUCUCCACCAGCCUUCACCGAGGGCAGCAGACCGAGCUCCCCCAGUGCUGCUCAGAUCUUCCAUGACACUGCUGGAUGGAAGGCCCUCGAGACUUACAUGCUGGCGCUGAAGCAUGCAGUGCGUGGGUGUGGUCCAUCGUUCCAACCGUUCAUCACCAGCGAGCUUCUGGAGCUCAUCUUCACCACACUGGAACACACCAACAGGUUUGUGAGGGAGACUGCCUUCAAACUCAUAGCAGCCAUCGUCAAAGUACCAGAUCUCUCUCCCUCCACUACUGCAACUCACUGGCCAAUGGUGGCCCAAGCUCUGGCAAGUGGACUGGCAGACAAUUGGAGUCAGGUGCGUAUGUCAGCCUCCGUGGCUACGAGGGAGUUCCUGGUCCACCUCCCCCCAGAGGAGAGACAACCACACCUACCCACACUGCUGCCAGCCAUGUGUCUUAACCGGUACUAUGUGGCUGAGGGUGUGAGGAUAUACUCUCAGGAGACCUGGAGGGUGGUCACACAGACCAGAGGAGUGCAGCUGGUCGAGCAGCACAUUGAUAAAGUGGUGGACUUCUACAUCUCCCAGAGCCAGGCGGCCAACCAUGCAGUGAGAGAGGCAGCCUGCAUCUGUACGGCAGAGCUGGGCACUAAGGUGAACAAGGAUUGUCUGAGACCGUAUGUUGGGCGACUGGUGAGUGUACUGUUGGAGUGUUUCCAUGACGAUAGCUGGCCCGUGAGAGAUGCCGCUUGCCUGGCCUGUGGUAACUUCUUGGGAUGCUUCCCAGAUGAGUGCAGAUCGUGGCUGGAUGAACUGUUCCUACUGUUCCUUACCAAUCUUGAGGACAGCAUACCCUCAGUUAGACAAGGGGCGGCUGCUGCUCUCACCAGCGUCACCAAGGCCUAUGGCUCAGAGGUCGAGGAGAGGGUGUUUGUUGUGAUCAAAGAGAGACUGCCUCUAGCAGCUCAACAACCAGCCUCUCAGAGUUCCUCUGGUAUUGAUCCAAGACCGGCUGUAUUUGGGGUGGUGCAUCGUAUCCAUGACGACCCGACUCACACAGACCAGCAGAUGUACUCAUGUGGUUCACUGGCUCCCAAAAUGAGGAGGGGAGGAUGUAUGGACUCACACUAUCACAAGCCAGGAGAGCCGUGGGAGAAGAGUGAGGGUGCCCUUCUCCUGCUCGGAGAGCUGAGUGGUGUGAGUGGGUGUGGUGACCGAGUGUCCUCCCUCCUCCCCCUCUGUGCUGAGACACUACGACACAGACACUACCCUCAACACCUCAACCUCCUGGAGACACUGCUCAAACUGUUGCCAGUGUUUGCCAAGUCUCUGGGUAAAAGAGUGUUCAAGAGGCACCUCGAGCUGUUCCUAGACUCCAUCUUCUAUGGACUGAGCAGUGACAAUGCCCUGGUGCAGUCUGCUGGAGUGGACUGUCUCACCUCACUCUGUCAGCUGCUGGGGAGAAUGAUCCUCAGAGGGAGAAUAGAACAACACAAUCCAACGUAUCUGGACAAGUUUGACAGAACAGUAACUGUUGCAUAGCUUCUAGCUCUUAAUGGUUAUUUUGUAGCGGAUAUAUAAAAUUCGCUACAUUGUAUUUCAAUAUAAUAAUUAUAACUCAAUAUAUAUAUAUAUAUAGAUUCCACUUCAGUGUGUUUAGCAGAGAACUAUAAGCUGUUCCCAUGAAUAACUAAUAUAGAUUGCUUGAGGAUACAAAUAACGUAAUGUUGCUAUAUCGCUAAGCAUUGACCAAAUUUGCUUUUUGUUACCUAUUUUGCUUCCUAUAAUUAUUGUACCUAUA